AUGGUGUUCCAUUUUAGGAUAAGCAGUGAGAGUAGUAAGAGCAGCCUAGAGCCCCCAGGGCUGGGCUCCUAUGAGCCUGCCUUCACAGACCAUUAUGAAGUUGUGCAGGGCAUUGGGGAAGGGGGCUUCGCUACGGUGAAGCUUGCCCGCCAUCGCCUGACUGGGACAGAGGUUGCAGUGAAGGCCUUGGCAAAAGUACUCUGGAACCUCCCCUUCCUAUCUGAGCCAGAUCUGAUGGCGGGCUUGGACCACCCAAACGUGAUCCAGCUCUUCCAGGUCAUUGAGACCAUCAACUAUGUCUAUGUUGUCAUGGAAUAUGCAGGUAGGGGCAACCUACGGAAACUCAUCGCGGAACCUGGUGGCAUGCCGGAGGAGGAGGCCCGCAGGCUGUUCAGGCAGACCGCGCGGGCCGUGCAGUACUGCCACAUCAAGGGCAUCGUGCACCUGGACCUCAAGCCGGAGAACAUGGCGCUGGAUGACAGCGGCAACGUGAAACUCAUCGACUUUGGCCUGAGCGACCGAUUCACAGCUGGGCAGAAGCUGAACAGGUUCUGGGGCACUCUCCUCUACUUUGCCCCUGAAAUCGUCCUGGGGGAGGCAUACGAGGGCCCCCCUGCCGACGUCUGGAGCCUGGGUGUCAUUCUCUACUUCAUGCUCACGGGGAGACGCCCAUUUAUGGCCAGCACCGCUCAGCAGGUGAAGAAGCUGAUCUUGGAGGGAACUUAUGACACUCCCCUGAAUGUUUCCGAGGGAGCCCAGAGCCUCAUCCGUGAGAUCCUGACGGUGGACCCCACCCAGAGGCCCACCCUAGAGCAGGUAACGAGGCACCCGUGGCUGAGCCAGGGUGAGGCAGCAUCGCCCAGUCCUUCUGUCCAGGCGCUCCCUGAACUCCCAGAUCCCUCAAUUAUAGCAACCAUGGUCAACAUGGGUUACGACCCCUUUAACACCUGGAUGUCCCUGGCCAAGAAAAAGUAUGACAAUGCGAUGGCCACGUACCUCCUGCUCAAACACCAGAGAAUCCAGGGGGCGGGCUGCAAGCACCAGGUGAAGCGUGUGAGUCAUGGGGGGGUCUGGCCUCCCCUGGGCCCUGUGGAUCCCCCCUGGGUCCUCCCCAAGAAGCAUUCCAGUGAGCCUGCCCUUCCUUCACCCCGUGAGCAGCUGCAGCAGCCUGGGGAGGCCAAGCAGACCCAGCACAAGGGUGGUGGCAGUGCCAGCGUGCCUGCCAUCCGGCUGCACUUCCUCAACAUGGACACACCCCCUCCCAGCCUCACCUCCCAGCCCCACUGUGUGCCCAGCUUGCCCAAGCCCUCCAUGAGCCUCAGUAGGAGGGCCCCAGAAGAGGACAGCUCAUCCUCCCAAGGGACCCCUGAGACAGGGCAAUCCCACCACCAAGUCAGGGGUUGGAAGAGGGUGAGGAGGAGCAUCGUCACCUGCACCCAGCAGCUGUGCUGUGUACCAUGCUUCAGUUGCUCAGCGAUCAGGAGCACAGUGGCUCCAACGGACCUUCCGAGCCAAGACAGAACCAACAGAACCGACAGACAGCCAGAACACCUCAGUGCCACCUGGCCCCGGCUUCCCCGCCCGGGUCCCAGACAGGCAGGAGCACCUCUGCAUCCACCAGGAGUCUCCUCUGCCCCUAUCUGUGAAGACACAUCAUAGAGACUUUUCCCUGGGACUCUUCCCCUGCCCUGCCCUUUGUCGUUUCUCCCAUGCUUUGGGAGAAAUUUAUUUUUAAUUUCUUUUUUUCACAAAUUGUCUAAUAAAAUUGAUGUUUUAAAUAUUUUUAAAAA